AUGCGUAGUGCCGAGCAGCGAGGGAAGGUGUGUUUCGAUCAAAGCACAGAGGAGAAGGGAGAGCUGUUGGACUUUGUCAUUGUGGGCGCGGGGCCACACGCGCUGGCCUUUGCCUGCCGCCUGCUCGAGUCCAAGCCGGACUCACUCUACGACGAGAAAGAUCUCACCACCCGCCACAAGUACCACCCCGGUAUAGUCCCCGCCCCUACUUACCACACCCUCGUGGCCACGUAG